UUCACAUAAGAUUGAACGGUUGAUCGUAUUAGUUUCCAUAUAGUAUAUAUAGUGUAACAGCUGAUAGUUAUAGGUGUUGUCUUUUAAAACGAUUUCUAUUGGCUGCUGGUAGCCACACACCACUUUUAAACGGUCAAGAUUUUGGUAAUUGUACAAUACUGAUAAGGAAAAGAGGAAUAAUGGUGAACGUACGGAGAAUAAAAUUUCCUAUUUUUGUGAUUAUUUGUCAGGUUGUUUUCUUGGUGCUUUUUGGAGCAUUGGUGGAAUAUGACGACUCUGCAAAACCCGAUAACCAGGAUAAAACAGUCGAUCGUGCCGAGGGAGGCAUGGUUCCUAGAAUGUACCCCAUGUUUCAAGAUGUUCAUGUGAUGAUUUUUGUUGGUUUUGGAUUUCUGAUGACCUUCCUCAAACGCUAUGGUUACUCGGCUGUGGGUAUUAACCUCUUGAUAGGAGCUUUUGUAAUCCAGUGGGCCAUUAUCAUCAGAGGACUGCUGUCAGAUCAUGGUGGUAAAUUUACCAUUAGUGUUACAGAUAUGCUGACCGCAGAUUUUGCUGCUGCUACAGUCCUUAUAUCAUUCGGAGCAGUGCUAGGAAAAGUUGGUCCAAUACAACUACUGGUUAUGGCAAUUAUUGAGGUUGUCUUGUCACAAGUUAAUGAACACAUAGGACUUGAAAUGUUACAUGUUGCUGAUGUUGGAGAGUCUAUGUUCAUUCACGCUUUUGGUGCUUAUUUUGGGCUAGCCGUAGCGAGAGUUCUUUACAAUGAUAAAAGUGAGGAUAAUCCAGCAGAGGGAGCAGUAUAUCAUUCGGAUUUAUUGUCAAUGAUUGGUACCGUCUUUCUUUGGUUAUAUUGGCCUAGUUUUAACGGCGGUGGCGUUACAGGCGACGAGCAACACAGAGCUGUCAUUAAUACAUAUCUCUCAUUAACUGUCUGUACUCUCGUAACAUUUGUUAUAUCUGCCUUGGUGGACGGAAAAGGAAAGUUUGAUAUGGUACAUAUACAGAAUGCCACAUUAGCAGGUGGAGUGGCAGUCGGAACAGCAGCUCAUAUGCCGCUUCAUCCAUGGGGAGCUAUGCUUCUUGGUGCAGUUGCCGCAGUUAUUUCUACUGUCGGUUAUAAGUAUAUUACUCCAUGUCUCAGUAGUAAAAUUAAGCUUCACGACACCUGUGGUGUUCAUAACCUCCAUGGUUUGCCUGGAAUUCUGGCUGCAGUCGCUGGUGCUGUUAUGGCAGCUCUCUCGUCUAAAGAAAAGUGGGGAACCAGCCUUUUUGAGAUUUUCCCUGAGAUGGCUGCAUCAAACGCUACAGGAAGUGUGAUGCCGGGUUCAGACCGAUCAGCUACAGUUCAAGGUGGAUACCAGAUGCUUGCCUUAGUUAUCACCCUAGCUAUUGCCAUUGUUGGCGGGAUAAUUACUGGGUUUAUACUAAAGUUACCAAUUUGGGACAGUCCGGAAGGAGAAAAAUUCUUUGACGAUAAUCAUAACUGGAACGUAGCAGAAGAAGGCUUCCCUGGAUUUCCAAAAUCAAAGUAUGAGAAUGGGAAAAGUAAUGAUGAUACUGAAAUCAAUCUUAUGUCAGAUGAAACGAAACUCAGCUGAGAGCAUCAAAGACAAUGGUCAUAUAAUAGGUAAGAAUGGAUACCAGCCAGUUCAUAACAUUUUUCAAGAAACAAUUGAAACCACCUUUGUUAGAUAUUUACAGACAGUAUGAAAAUUUAGUGGAGGCCAAAACUCCAUCAUUUAGUAUACCACAGGGAGAAACUCCCAAGCAUAAGUUUGUACAUGGAAAAGUCUUUGAAGACUGCAUCAACCAAGCUGCAAAAAACUGCAAGGAAGACAGAAAAAUAAUUGAAGAAUUUAAAUCUUUAUAUGAAGAAUUUUGUGAAAAUCCUAGAAAUGUUGAAGAAUAUUUUGCUGGUAUGAAACAAGCUGGAUCGGUGGCAUGGAGUAUUGUUCGUUAUAUGCAGUUACACCAUGGGUCCUCCACCUUUGGUAAAAGAAUAAAAAAUGAACAUUUUACAAUGCUCCGACCUAAUCUUCAAAUAGACUUCAUACAGCCAACAUUGAUAUAUGAUUUUAAACUUUCAACAGCUAAAUCUCAAGAAGAAUAUGAACAGAAAUAUCUUGUUAGUGGACUAAUUCAGGUUUUGAUUUAUUAUUUGUGUAUGGGUUUAUCUCCAGAAAAUGCUAAACUUGGUGUAUUGGUAUUUUAUAGUAGCUUAAAUAAAGUUGUAUUUUAUACUUCAAAUGUUCAUAAAGAUGGCUUCUGUGUAAAGCUUUUAAAGGAUAAGAUGAAUGAAAAUAAACAUUUAAAUGACAGCGAUACAGAAUCAAUGCCAGAUUUAGAACCAAUAUCAACAGAAAUAGAAUCAUUGGACACAAUGCCAAAAUUAGAAUUAUUAACUAUUUAAUAUGUCUUUGUUAACAGUGCUAUAUACAUAAAUUGUGCAAGAAUUA